AUGGUCGGUGGAGCUAUUUCGUGGAGGAGUAUUAAGAAGACUUUGACUGCUACUUCUACCAUGGAAGUUGAGUUUGUCUCUUGCUUUGAGGCUAUAUCACAUGGUGUAUGGCUUAAGAGUUUCAUUUCUAGACUAAAGUGUUCUUGUCUUGAUCUUCUUGGUCUCUCUCUCAGCAGUGGUCUGCACCACGCUUCCAUCUACACCGCAAAAGAUGUAACAUUCAAAAGGGUCAUGAGUGCUGUCCCUGCGGUGUGUAACAGGCUCAUGUGGACCAUUUGUUUUUCCAUAACUUCUUUUAUUAUUUACAAUCUUUUUGGUUUUUUUUUAGUCAUGAUCUUAUUACUAUUCCCAAUUGUAAUUGGGGUAUUUGGUAAAGGAGUUGUGGUUUUUCUUUUAGUUUUGUUUGCGAUUCUAUACAUCAUAGAGUUUGUGUACGUCACCGUGGUGUGGCAAAUAUCAAGUGUUGCGGCUGCGUUAGAAGACUAUCACGGUUUCAUCACUCCCGAGGUUUCUCUUUAUAAGUCACAAAAGAGCAAGGAGUUGAUAAAGGGGAAGAAGAUGUUUUAAUUUUUGUCAAUAUUCUUGCUUUUCACACCGGUGGUUGCUCUUGUAUCGAUAUUGGUUUUGUUCCAGGAGAUGGUGGUGCAAGGAUGGAGUGUGAGUCCUUUGGAAGGAGCAGCAUUUGGGGUUCUAUGCUUCUUGUUAUUGUCUUGUUCGUUCCCUUUCUGGUUUGUUGUGCAAACUGCGUUCUAUUUUGUUUGCAAGUCCUAUCACAAUGAGAACAUUGACAAAUCAGCUUUAGCAGAUCGUCUUGAAGGGUAUGCCAAUAAUGGAAGUCCGGAUGUUCAGCUGAAGCAAAACCAAGUUUGA